AUGGCUGCUUCAAUACCCAGCGUACAAACUGCAGCUCUCAUCAAAGAUCCUGGACCGAAUGCACGAAUUGAAAUUCGCCAUGAUUAUCCUGUUCCUCAGCCGGGCAGAAAUGAAGUCUUGCUGAAGAUGGAAUGUUCCGGUAUAUGCUAUUCUGACAUUUACGUUUACACGGGCAAUAAUCCUCAUUACAAUGAAGUCCCCUGCCACGAAGGCGUAGGUAAAGUCAUACAGCUUGGUCCUGAGGUUGCAGAUAGUACUCUGCUGGGUCAGAGGGUCGGGCUUGGAUGGAUCUACAGCGUAUGCGGCCAAUGCUACAACUGCACUGCUGGUCGCGAUAAUUGGUGCGUGAACCAAGCCAACACCGGUACCGACAAGCCAGGAACCAUGCAGCAAUACGUCGUCGCCAACGCGGAUUACUUGAUGCCAAUCCCAGAUGACUUGUCAUCGGCUCAUGCUGCGCCAUUUCUCUGUGGCGGCGUCACCAUGGCUGGGGCUCUGUCACUGUGUAAUGAUGCCCUCGCGGACGGCGAUACUCUGGUCAUCUCUGGUUCAGGAGGAGGCCUGGGACAUUUGGGUUUACAGCUUGCUUCUAAGCUGAAGAAUGAGAAGGCUUUGAGAAUCAUCGCCAUAGACACAGGAUCAGCAAAGAAAAGCUUCAGCCUCAGCCUGGGAGCAAAUGCCUUCAUUGACUUCAAGACAGAGGAUGUGAUCCAAAAGGUCAUGGAGCUGACCAAUGGGAAAGGCGCCGACGCUGCUAUCGUUGUGCCAGCGGCAACAGAGGCCUUUGAUCAGGCACUGAAUUAUCUCAAGUUUACUGGAACUAUGGUCUGUGCUGGUAUUACUCAGAUGGAUUAUCGCCUUCCAAUCUCCCCCACAGAGCUUGAGUACAGAGGACUGGUCAUCAAAGGCUGUCAUGUGGGAACUAAAAACCAGCUGAAACAGUUGCUCAUCUCGGCAGCGAAGAAGGAAGUGGUCCCGCAGGUCGAAAUCUCUGAGUUUGACAGAACGGGGGAGCUGUUUGAGAGGGUCAAGCGCGGCGAUAUAAUCGGUCGCUUUGUGGUCCAGAUUCCGCAAUGA